AAUACAUGUAAGAAUGGACCAAUUACAAACUUGGCCAGUUUAGCAUACCCUCUGCAGGCUUUUCAGAAUGUGUUUCCUUGUUGGGCUGGUCUCUUUAUAUGCAAUUCUACAUCUUCUCUCCCAGUUCAGUAUAAGUUUCAUUAUCCCUUCUUAUGUGUCAAUUCCCGAGUAUUUGAUGCGAUUUUUUGCCCUAAUUCAAAGUCCUCAAAUAUGCACUGAGACAAAUCACACACGCCCACCCAAAGUACAUAAAAAUGGAAAAUCCCUGGAAAGAAACAAGAAAUAAGAAUUAAAAAAAAGAAAUCAUCCUCAGACAAGGUAGCCAUGAUUGCUUCAUCAGCAAAACCGUCCUUCUGAUAUCGAGUUGAAUACUGCUCUGAUCAACGCGAGACAAAACGGAUUCGACAACCGUUAUGUAAAAGUCUCUCUUUCGAGCUUCUGCAGCCUCUCGCUUGAUCCCGAUUUAUCGUCCUGACACAGACUCUCCCAUUUUUUCGUCAUCUAGAAACCCCGUCCCCGUCCUCGGCCGCGUCCACGCCCACCUCGUCCGCCCCGUCCACCACCUCCACGACCACCACCACCACCACCCCUUCCGCCGCGAUCGACCUCUUUCCUAGCCUUGUUCUUGGGCUUGGGUUGAUCAUCG